CUCAUCACUAGUCCAUUUUGCCCCUCUUCUCAAUUUGUCAGGGAAAAAUUUUUCUGCGCCUUCUCUCCUGUUCUUGUUCAUCACUCAGUGCUUUGCGGAUUUCGAAGCCGCUGGCCAUGCCUGAGUGUUUCAAUGUUAUGGGUCGAAUUGUUUUGGGCUUGGUUGCCUAUGUUUCUUGGUUAGAUUCUGCGAAGAAGAAAAUAUGAAUCCUAAAAUGGGUUUCUGUCCUUGUUUCUGAUGUGCUCCGUUCACUGUCUUUGGCGCUCUUAGAUCUGUUUGUGGAAGCGCUCGAUCCACCGCUUCAUUUGUGUAUUAAGCAGUACCCACAAGGUCAGAUCAUAACAUUUUUACUAAUUGUAGUCUUUGCUUUAUACAUUAAUAACGGGCUAAGUGUUAAUUCGGGGGACGAUUUCGUUGUGAUUCACAAAUCACACCCGCUGCGCAGAGCGUGUCGCCUUCUUUUAUGUUGUUUCUCUGGGAACACUAUAUGGGUUGCACUGCUUUCAGCCUGGGAAUAUGGCGAUGAUGAUGCAUGGUCACGUGAGCAAUCAUGGGUUGGUUGAGGGAUUGGUGAGGUUUUGGCAGAGUUGGCUUUCUUGUUUAUAUUUAUAUUUGUUGAUGGUGCUCGGUUACAGAAACCAUUUUUCAGCAUAUCGGAAUCAGGGGCAUUUGCAAUAAUGGGUAACGGCACCUCACGUGUUGUUGGCUGUUUAGUGCCAUUUAAUGGCAAAAAUGGAGUUGAUUUGGAGUUCCUAGAGCCACUAGACGAGGGAUUAGGCCAUUCUUUCUGUUAUGUGCGGCCAUCUAUUUUUGAAUCUCCUGCCAUUACACCAUCAAACUCUGAGAGGUUUACUGUUGAUUCGAGUACCCUUGAUUCUGAAACUUUUAGUGGCUCGUUUAGGCAUGACAGUAUGGAAGAUCCCUCUGGCAUACACAAACCGGCCAAGUGCUUCCCAGAGACCACAUUCAGAACGAUUUCAGGGGCUUCAGUCAGUGCCAAUGUCUCAACCGCAAGGACUGGUAACCAGAGUGCAUUAUUUUCUAGUGAUGUCCAAGAGCCAGCUGCAUCAUUUGAGGGAACCUCUUCAUUUGCUGCAAUCCCUCUGCAACCUGUUCCCCGUGGUUCUGGAACUUCAAAUGGUUUCAUGUCUGGACCUCUAGAGAGAGGCUUUGCUUCAGGUCCAUUGGAUAGGGGUGGCGGUGGUUUCAUGUCUGGACCAAUAGAGAGGGGAGUCAUGUCAGGUCCUCUUGAUUCCACUGACAAAUCCAACUUUUCUGCACCGCUUGCACGAGGCGGUCGCAGGCCACGCCUCCAACAGCUCAUGAGAAGUGUGAGUGGACCAAUGAAAAACACUUUCUCCCGGACCUUCUCUAAGCAUUCUAGUGGUGGGAGUUGGAUGCAGCGGGUGUUCUUUCACCCAGUGACCCAAUUGGCUUGGCAUUCCAAAGAUGCAAAGUUUCGACAAGAAGUCUCUAGAAACUGUAUUGAAGUUGGGACAUCUGAAGGGGAGUAUAAGCAUCCACACAAUUUACAGUGGGCUCAUGGCAAGGCUGGUGAAGAUAGGGUUCAUGUGGUACUUUCUGAAGAACAAGGUUGGUUGUUUAUUGGGAUAUAUGAUGGCUUUAGCGGACCAGAUGCUCCUGAUUUUUUGAUGAACCAUCUUUACAGAUUUGUAGACAAAGAACUGGAAGGGUUGCUUUGGGAUUAUGAAUUUAAUCCUGUAGAUCCACUUCAACCUCAAAUCCCUAAAACUAGAAAUGCUGUGGUUGCUCCCGAGUACGGCCAGGAGGAACAGUCAGUCAAUCAUACUAAUUCAAACCAAGAUACUCUGUGUUCUUUAGAAGCUUCUUCUGGUUCAGAAAAUGCCAAGGAGCAAUCAUCUUGCGCUGAGAUUGUUGAGGAAAACAUCGCAUUUAAGGUAAAUAUUGAAAACCAAUUACAUAAUUCUGGAAGUCCCAGUAACUCAGAUGCUGUGCUUCCUUCCGUUCCUCUUGGACAGUUAAGUGGACAAGGUAGAAAAAGCAUGCGGCUUUAUGAGUUACUUCAGAUGGAAUCUUGGAAUGAACGAGAUUCCUUGUCUGUCUCAGAACAAGGCAAGGAUUCUUAUGUUCCUACAGAAUCAACACAGGCAGGGUGGAUGAGAACUUUUUCAACUAAUGCAAAAGAAGAUAGUUCUAGACAUCUGGACGAAGCGCCCACCACAUCAGGGGAAAAUGGAGGGAUUGGGUCUGAACCAGUUACUCGAGAGCCUGUAACUGCAUCUACUGUUCUGGGACAAAGGCAGAAUACCAGAAAGUCAUUUCUUGGUACCAAAAUUAAAAAAAUGUACAGGAAGCAGAAGUCCUUGCGUAAGAAGCUUUUUCCUUGGAGCUAUGAUUGGCAUAGGGAAGAAACUGGGGCUGAUGAGAAAAUAUUAGAAGUCUCAGGGCCCAUUAGAAAAUGCAAAUCUGGGGUAGUUGAUCAUGAUGCAGUUUUAAGAGCAAUGACUCGAGCUCUUGACAGAACAGAAGAGGCAUACAUGGAAAUGGUGGAGAAUAAUCUAGAUAAAAAUCCAGAGCUUGCUUUAAUGGGAUCAUGUGUUUUAGUGAUGCUGAUGAAGGAUCAAGAUGUUUAUGUCAUGAACCUUGGGGAUAGUCGUGUAAUUUUGGCUCAAGAAAGGCCAAAUGAUCGUCAUCCUAAUUCAACUUUUGGCAAGGAUGAUGUGAGGCACAGAAAUCGAUCUAGAGAGUCAUUAGUACGGAUGGAGCUGGAUAGAAUCUCGGAGGAGUCCCCAAUUCACAAUCAAAACAGUCAUAUUCACAAGAUGAACAAAAACAGAGAGAUAGCGAUUUGCAGAUUAAAAAUGAGAGCUGUUCAGCUUUCCACUGAUCACAGCACAAAUGUUGAAGAGGAAGUUUUCAGAAUAAGGGCAGAACACCCUGAUGAUAAUCAAUCAAUCUGUAAUGAUAGAGUGAAAGGACAAUUAAAAGUCACCAGAGCGUUUGGUGCUGGAUUCCUGAAGAGGGCGUCUUUUAAUGAAGUUCUACUGGAGAGGUUCCGAGUCGAUUAUGUGGGCACUGCUCCUUACCUUAGUUGCACUCCUUCUAUUCUGCAUCACCGACUUUCUUCUAGUGAUCGGUUCUUGGUACUCUCCUCUGACGGACUUUACCAAUACUUCAGCAAUGAAGAGGUAGUUGCUCACAUUACUUGGUUUAUGGAGAAUGUGCCUGAAGGCGAUCCUGCACAAUACCUUAUUGCAGAGCUUCUCUUCCGUGCCGCUAAAAAGAAUGGAAUGGAUUUUUACGAAUUGCUUGACAUUCCUCAUGGAGAUCGACGCAAAUACCAUGACGACGUUUCUGUUAUGGUGGUUUCUCUAGAGGGAAGGAUUUGGAGAUCGUCUGGAUGAUUUUUAUUUUUUUUUCCUUUUCCCCCUUUUAUGCUCUAUAUUUAAAUUUUGGCUAGGUGCCUUCAUAUUUGCACGUUCCCUUGAAAAUAUAACGAUUUUGAGGAAGGAGUAAAAUGAUUUUAAAAAGUGAUUAGUCUGUUGAAUAUAAGCUUUCUUUUCUUGCA